CUUCCCUGAUGAGAAAUUGGAGGACCGUCUGGCUUUUGUUCGAGAGGUCAUUGGUCAUGCUCUUACAGUACUAUACAAGCCCCGGAAUCUCUGUACAGUUUUACAAUUAGAGGGAAAGAAAUGCAGAGAUCUCGGUUGACAUGGAAUACCUCUAUAUACCGUUAUAGACUGGUCCACGUUCUCUGCCAUCGAAUAUGGUGCUCAUUGGUCUCGAGACCUUGCCAAGACAGUUCAGGGCCAGGACAGAGCUCUCAUCCGUCCCUUGUGACAAAACGCAAGCGGGAGACACUGUGCGCCACUGAAGCCGCAGCUGAGUUUAGUGAAUCAUACUGGUCAAGCUAACGCAGAGGUUCUGCCUUGACCCAUUUGCCUUCGGACAAUGCGAUGGUACCAUCUCUCAGCUGAGGGGAGUGCUAGAUUUGAGGUUCGACUGGUAGGGGCGGAGGUGCUAGAGCGCCACGGUCAGCGUGUGCAAGAGCUAGAGGCGAAGGUUUCAGAAUCGGCCGAGAAAGUGGUUCUUCUCCAGCAGAAGGACGCAAAGAUCAAUCAGCUGGAAAGUCAAUUGAAUCAGUCUUGGAGUGUCAUGGAAAAUGCUUACAGGGCUCAGAUUGGGCUGCUGACAGAGACAGAAGCAGGAAUAUUUCAGUUGGAGAAAGAUCUGAUUCAGUCGCGAAUGAACACCGAAAGCGCUCGUAAGCAAUUGGAGGCCCUGUAGCGAGAC